AAGUCUCUGGGGAAGGAAGCGGUUGUGAUGGUGGAGGGGGCCUGUUCGGUCCAUCUUGUUUGGUGAUGGGCUUGUGGGCUGCUUCAGCGCUGUGGAGUGUAGAGGGAGUGGGGUAAGAUUUUUCCGAAGUAUUCACUAUGGUUCGAGAACGAAAAUGUAUAUUGUGCCACAUCAUAUACAGCUCAAAAAAGGAGAUGGAUGAGCACAUGAGAAGUAUGCUUCACCACAGGGAGCUUGAAAAUUUGAAAGGAAGGGACAGCAACCAUGAGUGCCAGGUGUGUCAGGUGACAGUGGUGGGCUUGUCAGCAUAUGCUAAGCACAUCUCUAGCCAGCUGCACAAAGACAACGUUGAAGCCCACGAUGGAGAUGAAGGGAAGGAAGAGGCUGAUGAAGAAUAUUUUGACAAGGAACUCAUCCAGUUAAUCAAGCAAAGAAAUGAGCAGAACCGGACAAACGAAGCCUGCCGUGUGAACCAUGAAAUAGAAACUGAAGACAGAAGGUCACAAAGACGGCAAGAUGAUCGAACUUACCAAGACAGAGAAGGCUAUGAUUCAUCAUCAUGGUACCAUCGUGGGCUACCUCAGAGAGACUGGAAAUGGGAAAAUGAUGGUUUCUUAAAUUCUAGACAAGGCAAAUUCACACAUUCUCCAAGGAACCCAAAUAACACAAACAGACAUCUUGGCAGCCAGAGAGGAAGGCCUGGGUGGCAUCAAAAUAAUUCUGGAGUGCCUUCAAAUCGGUAUCAGAAUUAUGGAGGGAAUAGUGGAGGUGCUUGGCAUCAGAACUCUGGAGGUGGACAAUCAGGUUGGCAUCAUGGUGGCAGGGGAAGAAAUUCCAACUGGAAUUCUGAAGGGAAAAAUAGCUUUUCUAAUUGGCAGUCCAAAAACUCUGGAUGUAACUGGAAACCUGGUCAGCAAAAUGGAGGUGGAUGGAAUUUAGGAAGAAAUAGAGCUGCAAAUAAUAUCUCCCAAAUGGACAGUUUAGAUGCUCCCUGGUUUAAAAGCAACAGCAUACAAGAGAAAUACAGUGGAGAAAUGUAUGCAUGGCAGUGGCAAGAGAGUGGUCACAUGAAUGAAAACGACAGCAGGGAUUGUUUGUUGGACUUCACUAGUGAUCAGCUUCCUCCAGAUGGGAUGCUGAACUUUAGCACUUCUGUGCAGCUAGAUAGCAAAACCUCCAAAGUAAAUGGAAAAUGCAGCAGCCCUUCCCGAGAAAAGACAAGUCGUUGGGCUCCUUAUCCCACCCAGAAAACUGUAGAGCAGCCACCGUUGUGUGAUAAGAAUGUGACUAAUGUACCAGAGAAAGCAGAUUCUAUCCAUCUGUUAUCAUCCUCAACUCCAAACUGGGCAGAUCCUAAAACCAGUGACCCAAAAUUUAAAAAAUGGGAAGAAACUUUUUCAAUAUCCUCUAAUUCAAAAACAGCAUCCAACAAACUUGUGCCAUGCAAAGGGCCAACAGAAUGCCCCAGUGGGAAAAAAUCAGACCAAGCUGAAAGCAGAGGCCAUAGAAUGCCAUCCCUGAAGUCUCCACUUCUUGCUAUUCCAGAUUUAAAGCCAUCUUCUCAAAAGAGAAGUCCAAAGAAUCUCUUGAAACAUGUCCAACUUUUAUUAUCCUCCAGAGAGUGUCAAAGUCAGCUGAAUGCAUUAGACUUGGAGGACAACAAUUCUUCCUCUUACGGAGUUAGGCUGAGUAAUGAAUAUAAUACUUCCAGAGACUUCAGAAAUGUGUUAGACAGCAAUGAAAGCCUAAGUGAAGUAUUAUGGAAAGCCAAACAAGAACUGCAGGGUAGCCCUUCUUUGCAGACCCCUCCCUUGAGCCCUUAUACAAGUACUCAUAGUUAUGGAAAUGAAGACUGGAGUACUAAGGGACUUGCAUGUUCUCUGCACGAGUCCCAGGUAGAUAGGUUGGAGGAUGAGAGUUACAGAGACAUAGCAGGAAUCAAAAGUGUCCCUUCAAAUACUUGUUCAGCUGAUGAACCCGUAGAAACGAACCGUAUUACAACAAAAAACGAUAACUGUCUAGGACAUUUGGGACAAAUUGACAAAAACUAUUCUAAAUUCCAAACGGAGUCUGUCGAAUCCCUAUCACACUGUCAACACAUCUUAAAUGUUGACUUGAAAUCAACCAAGGAAGAGGACGGUGAGGAAGAUGCUAUAAGAUCAAAUGAUCAUCCUGAAGAGGAAGAUUAUGAAGCUCAUUUAAAUCAUGAGCUGCAGAAGAGUGCAGGAGGGCAGCCUUCAGGUCCUCUUCUCCCUGAACUGAGUAAGCUUGGCUUUCCAGCUUCCCUCCAAAGAGACUUGACAUGGCGUGCUAGUUUGAAGAGCAAGACUGGCUCACAUCUACCAGAGCCCAACCUCAACAGUGCAAGGCGCAUUCGGAAUAUUAGCGGCCAUCGAAAGAAUGAGACGGAGAAGGAAUCAGGGCUCAAGCCUACCUUAAGGCAGAUCAUUAGUGUGUCUCGUAGAAAUGUAAACUGGGAGCAGGUCAUUCAGCAGGUGACAAAGAAGAAACAAGAACUUGGCAAAGGUUUACCAAGGUUUGGCAUUGAGAUGGUCCCUCUCAUCCAGAACGAACAGGAGGGUCUUGGGCUGGGUGAGGAGCCUGAUCUGACCGCUCUUGAAGGAUUUCACUGGGAAGGGAUAUCCAUUGGCUCCCCUGGGUCCAUUAGAAAGCGUAGCCUCUCUGAGAGCAGUGUGGCAAUAGAAAAGGCAACGUCUGUUUACAGUUUCUUCAACAAUCAAGGCUCAGGCAAAGAAAACGAGCAAACGCAGAUCAGUUCAGUUACUGUCACUGAAGGCACAACCUCUGGCUUCCCGAUGCAUGCCGAUCCUCUGCCUUGUGUGAAACAAGAGGCUUCUUCUCUCCCUUCAUCACCGCUCAGAACUGACUCACUUGUCAGUGGAAGGAGACUCAGCCUACAGACACCCCCUGAAGUUAGCAGCCUGGCUGCAUUUAGUGAAAUCCAGAGAAGUCCAGAAUACAGAGCACAGCUAUUUGAAAGCCAAGAUAUGCUAGGAAGUCCAGGGGAAAGACACUGUCUCGCUUCAGCUCUCACUACAUCCAGCACUGUAGAUGCAGCCACAGAUAGCAGCUAUACAUCUGGCAACGAGCAGAAUGACAGCCAGGGAAUUGGCAAAAAAAGAAGAGCAACCGGAGAGGGAUCCUCUCCUGAAAUUCCAAGUUUAGAAAGAAAGAAUAAGCGAAGGAAGAUUAAAGGCAAAAAAGAACGUUCUCAGGUCGAUCAGUUGUUGUCUAUUUCCCUGAGGGAAGAAGAAUUGAGCAGGUCAUUGCAGUGUGUAGACGGAAGCCUCUUGCAGGCUCGAGCUGCUUUACAGGCAGCUUGUGUGGAAGUUCAGCGACUACUUGUACUGAAACAACAGAUAUCUGUAGAAAUGGGCACUUUGAGGAGCCAGAGAAUUGAAAUCCUGCAGGGAUUGCAAGAAACAUAUGAGCCUUCUGAACAGCAGCUUCAUCCCAGCAGCUCAAGUGAAAAAAGAAACUACAAGCUUCAGCCAACACAAGAUCUAAAUGCUAGUCCGGGUCUUCUGGUUCCUCUUCUGGAAAGUGCUUCACCCCUCUCAGCCCAGAUAUCCCCUGCUGCCUUGGCAGCCUCUAUCCAAGUAAGCGUUCCUCCUACAUUCCAAACUACUGGGGUCGUGGGAGCCAUCACAGUUCCCAAUGCGUCCAUUAAAAUCAAGCAAGAACCAGUAUCUCCAAAGCCUGAAGAAGAGAGCAUGAAUAUACCACCCCAGAGCUCUCCGUGUUCUCCACAAGUGGAGCUUCAGUCUCAGGAUGAAAAUGCAAGCCAGAAAUCUUCAACGUACCCUGUAAUCUCUGCUGCCAUGUCGUUGUCAGGACUCUUAGAUUUCCAGCAGGCUAAUCAGGAUACUCAAGAUCCUGCUUCUGAUAAGGAGACAGCCAGCUUAUCUGACCAUAUUUCCCUUAGCUGUUCAGCAUCUUUAUUGUCAGUGAAGACAGAAGAAGACAAAAGCCCAGCAGACAGUCUCAUCUCAGAACAGUGUACUAGUUCCUUUCUGAGCAGAAAAUUUCCUUCUGAAGCACCUGUGGAUGAAGAUCUGAAACGGACCACUGAACAGCCUGAGCAGAUGGCAGUCUCUACUCUGGUCUCCAUAGAGACCAAAGUAAGCAAGAAAAAGAAGAAGUUGAAGAAGAAGAAAGCGCUGCGAGCAACCCAUGUGCCUGAGAACAGUGACACAGAGCAGGACAUAAGUGACUCGAAACCUUUCAGGAAAGUCAAGUCUGUAAAGGGACCUAAAGGAGAAAAAGUUACAACAUCCUCCCCUCCAAAGCAAGAAGAUGCAGAUGCUAUUCAGGAAAGAAAUGGGAAGAAGGAUGAGAAUGAGAGUGACACAUCUCUGGAGUUUGUGGAGGUCCCCAAAUCUCCUCUUGAAGUGGUGGCCAUCACUUCUUCAGAGUCAGGCGAUGAGAAACCAGACAGCCCUUCUAAGAGAGAUUCCUUGAGUUCCUCAGAGCAGGUUUUGAGAGAGGCAUCUCGGUUUGGCUACGAUGAAGUGAGCUCUACCAGUGAGAUUGGAACAAACUGUAGGGAUGGCAUUGAAAGAAGUGUGGCUGAGACUCAGACAUCUAUAUCAUCAAUUAGAGGAUCAAAAAAUUCAUCAGAAGUCUCUUCAGAGCCUGGGGAGGAUGAAGAACCUACAGAAGGAGUCUUUGAGGGGCAUUCAGCUGCCGUGAAUGCUAUUCAGAUUUUUGGGAAUUUGCUGUACACCUGUUCAGCCGAUAAAACUAUCCGUGCAUAUAACUUGGUGAACAGGAAAUGUGUUGGUGUAUUUGAAGCACACACUUCAAAAGUGAACUGCCUCCUGGUUACUCAGACUAAUGGGAAAAAUGCAGCUCUCUAUUCUGGCUCCAGUGACCACAGUAUAAAUUGUUACAACAUCAAGACUAGAGAACGUAUCGAUCAGUUUAAGUUAGAUGACCGUAUACUCUGUCUACACAGCAGAUGGAAAAUCCUUUACGCAGGACUUGCAAAUGGCAGUGUGGUCACUUUCAAUAUAAAGAACAACAAACAAGGCGAUACCUUUGAGUGCCAUGGCCCCAGAGCAAUCAGCUGUCUAGCUACAGCCCAGGAAGGAGCACGCAGAUUGCUGAUUGUGGGAUCUUAUGAUUGUACGAUCAGUGUGCGAGAUGCUCGAAAUGGACUGCUGCUUCGAACCCUUGAAGGUCAUAGCAAAACAGUCCUCUGUAUGAAGGUUGUGAAUGACCUGGUGUUCAGUGGUUCCAGUGACCAAUCUGUCCAUGCCCACAACAUACAUACAGGGGAGCUGGUACGGAUCUACAAAGGACACAACCAUGCAGUGACAGUUGUGAACAUCCUGGGAAAAGUGAUGGUAACAGCCUGCUUGGAUAAAUUUGUUCGUGUUUAUGAGCUGCAGUCUCACGAUCGUUUACAAGUCUACGGAGGACACUCGGAUAUGAUUAUGUGCAUGACCAUUCACAAGAGCAUGAUCUACACUGGCUGUUAUGAUGGCAGUAUCCAAGCUGUGCGACUUAACCUGAUGCAGAAUUAUCGUUGCUGGUGGCAUGGAUGUUCGCUGAUAUUUGGAGUUGUGGACCACCUGAAACAGCAUUUGUUAAAUGACCACACAAACCCAAACUUUCAAACACUAAAAUGUCGCUGGAAGAACUGUGAUGUUUUCUUUUCCUCCCGGAAAAGUUCCAAGCAGGAUGCUGUAGGACAUAUUGAGAAACAUGCAGAAGAUGAUAGCAAGAUUGACUCGUGAAGUGUUUAUGCCUCCCACAUUGGGAAGUAAAUUUUCUAUACUGGAAAUUCCAUGUCUUGCCCCUCUUCCUCCCAUGUUCUUACUUGGAAUACAAAGAGGAAUAAGGCUUUUUCUUUUUUUUUCUUUUUUUUUCGCUGCAGAGACAGCAUUUUGCAUGCAGCUCUGUAGAGAAAGGAAUGAUGGACAGAUUCAGACCAAUCACAGAUGUUUAACGUUUUUUAUUCAUCAGCAGAAACAAACUCCUUUCUUUUUAAAUCUAUGCUCUGAAAGAAGUAGAUGGUAUAUAUCUAAGAUUCAGAGCCUAGUACUCUGGCUGGUGCUUAAAGCCUCUUCUGCAUUCAUCAGUUUUUAUCUUGUACCAAGGAUCUCACAGGUAUAUUAUACUUUUGGAUUUAGACUGUUUCAAUAAUUUAAAAAAAAAAAACUACCAGAAAUAUCACAUAAGCACUGAUUGCUCUGUUUCUUUCCGUCACAUAUUUGUACUUCAAGAUGAGUUAUCCCCCACCAUUAAAAAGUAAAUGACGUACUUACUUUCAGUCCUAAAUGCUAAGUCUGAACAGUUCACUGCUGUAGUUACUUUCUGUAUUUUUUUUUUGUCCCCCAAAGAGGCUUGUGGCGAUGGAUUUAUAGAUACUGCAUCACCCAAACAGCCAUAUUACUGGGUUUCUACAGCAGUUUCUGGAGUUUUUAUUUUUAAUUGGUAUAAAGACCAGUGCAGACAAUGAUCUCGGUUUUUGUUGUCUGUAUAUUUUGAUGCUGUCUUUUCACAAUAAUGACAAUACAUUCUGAGCAUAUUUUUUUAAGUUAUGACUGGCAUCUUUAUUGAACAUUUUCUUUUCCUGUCCAGCUGACACUUGGGACUUGAAACCAUGUUUGGGCAGUGACUUUUAAACAGCUAUUGUUUCCAUUUUGGUCUGGUUUAGUAGUUGGAAGAUCCCAUAUAAUAGAGAGGGGUUGUUGGAUUUGAAACAUGAUUUUGAAGUCUAAAGAGCCCAAGCAGAAGCUGAAAACCUGUUUGUUUGUUUGUGUGUGCAUGCAUUUAGAGUUGGCUGAAGAUGAUGGUUGCAGUCACAAGGGAGAAAUGUUCAUCCGAGUGGCAUUCCAGCAGUUCCUACUUUUUUGUUUUUCCAAAUGGUUUGUUCUUUGCAGUUGUAGUCAGUGUUCUCAUAAUUUUCAAUCUUAGUUGUCCUCUGUAAUAAGCCAAAAAAAGAUAUACCAGUAACAGAACCAGAAAAGAAUGGCUGUGUAAGUUUUGAGGUCUUUUUUUCUUCUUCAGAUAACAAUGUUCUAAAGGGCCAAUGAAUAUUAUCUUUUUUCUUUGUUUUUAAAGAUUAAGCUCCAAGGGAAGGGAAGUGUUCUUUGCAGCUGAGGAUAAGAACCAAAACAGGUCCAGUAACUUUUUUUCUUGACAACUUACCAGAACUAGGGGAACUGAAGGGUCAUAUUCUAGUAUCCUUGCUGUAUAUUUGAACCUUUCCUCUCCAAAGCUACUGAAGAAAAUAUUGCCCUCCUUUUCUGUGGAUAAACCUGUCUUCUAAGCAGCCUCUUAAGUUUUUCUGGAGAAAGAGAACGUUCUUUAUGCAUUAUCAUGUGUCUGUUACCUUGGACAGGAUCCAUAGUCCCCCCAGGUGGUCAUUCCCUGAGUGAACUGAAGAUAUUUUGCUUACAAUUCAUUGAUACGGCUCAAUGAAUUGUAAUGAAUUGAAAAUACCUUUCCAAAGAGAAGCAGCAACCUGCACCAGACACUUUCUCUUCUCCUUUAGCCAGCUGUCUUCUAGGCAAGGGCUAUUGGGUUGUUUUCAGCAUUUUCAUCAUCACGUAUUUCUUGCAGAUUUUUUUGGAGGGGGGCAGCCUUUUUCACAGUGAGAAAAGCUAAAGGGAGAAACUUGGGAAAGUUAUCAGAGUUUUAUCAAGAAACUAUAGAGUAUUUGAACUGUAGAAAAAGGGACAUGUAAUAGGUGUGAGAACACAAGAUAGAUUGCCAUUAGAUCCUCCUUAGCUGAAUGCAGAGUGUUGUAUUGAAAGUAUGUGGAGUGCUGUGUUUGUACUAGUCUUGAGGAUUAGUAAAUGAAUGAAUUUUGAUUUUACAUCCUCUUCCAGUAUCUUCUUUGUAGGAUUCUUUAUCGGAAGAAGAUGGUGACUUUGCUUGUGACUUUUUUUUAAAAAAAAGCAUCCUUUUUCAUUACUUCCAUUGGUGCAAGUGAUAAAGUUCUUGCAUUGUUUAGUGUUCCUGGCCUCAUUAAUAGGGGUGUGAGGGUGUGCGUGUGCAUGUUUAAGAUGGACGUGAAGACAGAUUUUCCUUUAAUCCGUUUUGGGAUGCCUUAACCCUUUGUCUUCACUAUAUUACCAGCCAAUAAUAUAGUGUGUGUAUUGUCAAAGGUUAGUUUCCAUACGUUGGCCUUUAUUUGAAAAGUUCAUGAGAACUGCUCUAAAAUCUGAUCCUGAUGCAUGUUGAUAAAUUUGCAAUACCUCUGACAAAGUUGGACAGUCUCAUUGCCUCAGUCUGUUGCAUUAAGAUAUCACUGGAGCCACAUAGUUUCCUCUUUCAGUUCUUAGAAAUGUUCUUCUCUUUUACUUCAGGGAUGUUUGGGGAUUUUUGUUUGUUUGUUUGAGGCUCUGCUUUCUAUGCUUCUACCUCUUUACCAGGAAAUAUGAGCCUGUUCCUCUAGAAUUUGCUGGAAACCAUGGAGACAUAAAGGAUAAAAUUAUGUGGAGUGGAUUUUUCAAGAUUGUCUGUCACGCUCAUGGCAGGUUUCUGGCAUCUUUCCACAAAUACGUUGAAGGAAGUUUUUAGUAUAAAAUCGUCAAGAUAUUGAUAACUUUUUUUGUCUUGGAAAGAGAGAAGGAAAUGACGUGACUAGAGGGAAUUGUGGAUUGUGUUUUGGAUUGUGUGAGGAGUGUGUUAACUUAUAUGUGUUGGCUUAAUGACUGAAUAAACUGUUAUGGGGUGUGUAUAAAGUAAAUUUGGACUGCAUGCCAACACAAUAGAAGAGGCUUUUAUACCUUUUACUCUAUUUAGUGAACAAGUAUUCUGUGUUGUAACUGUGCUGUGAGGAAAUGGUUUGUGCAUUAGCAUCUGGGGGACUGCUUGUCUGUUACCAUGUUUUUACCAAUAAAUCCAACAACAUUUCAGUGACUACCCAAGCUUCUGUUUGGCCCUUGUAGUAAAUAUUUGGGCAUGAAGGACAGACUUCUAAAAUGUUGAGUUUUAAACAUCAGAUGUAUAAUCUACAUCCCAUUGAAGGAAGUGGCAAAAUUCUCAGAAUAACAGCUCUGAUUGCAUCCUUAAACAUCAACCUGAAAUUUCAUAUUGACAUUUUUAACCAGUAGCGUGCUCUGGAUUCCCUAGGCCUCCAGGGUUGUAGCAGGAAGACUUUCUGUGUCACAUACAAGCAAGCAAAAGUAUCAGCUUCUUAUUUUUCCCCUUCUCACAGUACCAUGGUUUGAACUCAGCCAGACCUUUUCAAAUUAUAAGCUUUUAGGCAGGAGCAGAUGGGUGUUGAGAAAAAUAAUAAUGAAAAAUGCUAGAUCAAACUAAGCAUAAAUAAUUUAGGAAAUAUAGUCUAUAAUUUUACUGGCAAUUUUCCCCAACUUGUUUAAUUUUAGUGGGAUGAAACCUAUGUGACUUUUCACACAAGUAAAGAUGUGACUUGUGGACAAAAUGAUUUGGUCUUUCCUUUCCUUUUACUACAAAGCUGUGAACUUCA